CUGCAGAUCAACUUGAUGAACUACGACACUGAUUGUUGAACCACGCUCUGCGGCCGCGACUAUAACACACAAUGCUGGGGUAGACACAGACCGCAAGCCCACUCUAGCUAUGAAGAUUGGCCCUCUGUACAAGCGUGCAACGGACCCGGAGCAUCGUCAUGGUGCGAGGAAGGCUCUCCUAGUGGGCAUCAACUACAACACACAAGCUUCGCGGCGAGAUACAGACAGUCAAACCUUGGGCAAGUGCCACCGAGAUGCGCUAGCUGUGCGGGACUUAUUGAUUGAUUCCUACGGCUAUAAAACAUCCGAUAUAGUUGUCAUGCUCGAUGCCAAAGAUUAUCCACAGCCUACGCAUGACAAUAUGAUCCUUGCAAUCGAAAACUUGGUGAAGGGCGCCCGACCCGGGGAUCGCCUGGUCUUCAUGUUUGCCGGACACUGUUGUCAGAUUCCAUGUCAUCAUCAUAGUGAGGCAGACGACUUCGAUGAGGCGCUCAUGCCCAUGGACCAUGAAGGUACACGGAACAAGUCAAAACUCAUAAUCGACAACUUGCGCCAGCUGCUUGUGAACCCACUGUCCCCGGGAGUUCGACUUACGGCGAUAUUUGACGCCUGUCAUUCAGGAACACUCCUCGAUUUGGACCAUUACAUGUGUAACAUGCUAUACACGCCCAGGAUAUCUCGUGGUCCUCGCGGAUCUGGGUCACGAAGACAGGCAGUUCAACGCAAGACAGCUAUGCUGCCCCUAGUGCACGACCAACCGAUGUCGAAGCCUCGUCGUCGUUCCACAGCUCCACCACGGAUGCUGUCCAUUGACGGGAUCUAUCAUGUCUUUCGCGAUGCUAUGCCUCAAAUAGACCGCAGGCCGACGUUCCUUUCCCAGAGCGAGCAAUCAGUAGUAUCCGAAGCCGAAUCCAUCGAGGAGGCUUCCGGCCCUGCUGAGCCUCGAAAAGGUCCGGUCCUUGCGCGAGCCACAAGGACGUUCGUCAGGCCCUGGAAAGAGGCGUUCGCGUUGAUCAUUCGGAGGCACCAGUCGCCGACGCCCGUUUCGAGUGUGCGAUGCGAUGGCUGGUGCGUGCCCACUAGUGCCGCCUCGAAGACGGCUCCGCGGGUGAUCUCCAUAGCAGCUUGUGGCGAUCCACAGCAAACGUGGGAGGAUCCGAAGGGGCGUUCUAUGUCUUUGACAUUGGUAGAAGAACUAAGGCACAAUCGUCACCCCAUGUUGAAGGAUCUCGUCGCCAGACUGAUGCAUUCUCGUGAUAACGUAUCUAUGCAACUUCAUGCUGCAGCGAAGCGGCAGCGUAAGAAGGGCCACAAGUCGGCGUACGUGCUUGAUGGCGUUAACUUCCAGGACGUACAGGUGAGUACGUUAGAGGGAGCCAAUGAUCCACAUUGAACUGAUACACUUUGCCACUGCCGUAGGUCGGAAGUCAAGAGAAGCUGGUAAGACGUGUGAAACCUACACAUCCACGUAUCAUUCACGGCUGAAGGACCUUGAUAGGCCAUGGAAACCAUCGUCUUCGAGCUGUAGCGGUGUGCCCUCGCCCUACAAUGUCUGUGUCUGCGCGUCAUUGCUAAUAUCUAUCCUACAUGCGCUGUU